AUGGCAUUGGAAACGGAACGGUGCAGUCCGAACAACGCCUCGAGCCCGGGCCCGACGGACAACAACCGGCGGCCCGGCCUGGACGACUGCAGCGAUCAGACCAAAGAAAUGCACCGGUCGUGCUGCAAGACGGUCGCCCGUACCGCGUCCCCCGCGUCGUCCGCGACCGCCGCCGACGACAGCGGCAACAGCAACGGAUCGGACCAGCAGCAGCAGCAACAGCAGCAGCAGCAGCAGCAGCAACAGCAACCGCCGCCACCGCCGCCGCCGUUGCCGCUGCAGCCGUCCGCUUUCCGGCCGGUCCGCGAGGACGCCGCCGUCGCCCCGGACGGCCCGCAGUCGCAGAGUUGCAGAACCGCGGCCGGCGCCCUACCGCUCAACUGCAGUAAGCCGCUGAGCAUAUGUUCGCCGUUGCAGAACAAAUCCGGCUGCGCGCCGCUAUUGCAGCAGACGGCUGCCGCCGACCAAUUCGACGCUUCGCCGCCGCCGCCGCUGCCGCCUCCGCCGCCACCGCCUUCUGCCGCUUGCGUCUUACCGCAGCCGCCGGCCGUUAAGAAGAAACAUUUCCAAAAGUCUAGAGUGCCGGCGCCGGCCACGGACGUGCCGCGGUGGGUCCACCAACAACAGCAAUUGCAGUUGCAUCACAACAAUAUCCCGGAACACUCGCCGCCGCCGUCGCUACAGCAUUCGCCGGUGCAGCCGCCGCCGCCGCCGCCGCAGCCGUCCAACGCUUCGGCCGCCGCGGCCGCGGUCGAGUACACGAUGGCGGUGGCCGCCGCGGCCGCGGCCGCUGCGGCCGCCGGCCACCACGUGCCGCCCGGCUUUCAUUUCAACUCGUGGAUGUACCGGUUAAACUUCCUGCCCAUCGUGCCGGCCGCGGCCGCCGCGGAAUACUUCCGGGAAAUGCGACACCUGCAGCAACCCGACGGCAACAAUUGCAGCGGCGAAUCGCCCGAGUCGGACGAACCGCCCGUGGCGCUCCACCAUCGACCGCUGCAACAACUGCACCACCAGCACCACGUCGACUUCGACGGCGGGCAGCAGCCGCCGCUGCAGACCGCCGGCGCCGCCAUGUCGGCCGUCAACAGUCCGUUACACCACGCGGCCGCGAUGCACAUGCAAUCGGCCGCCCUAUCGCAACCGCUGCAGCCCGUGCAUCCGUUGUCCCUGCAGCAAGUCGCGCAACCGCUGCAACUGCCGCCGCCGCCGCAGCAACCGCACCAGCCGCAGCCGCAGCAUCCGCAGCCGCGGCAGUUGGCCGGGUACGUUUCUCGGCCGGCCAGCACUUCGGGUUCCUCGGACGUGUCUUCGUCGUACGGGACCGGCGGGAUGACUCCGUUGGCCGUCGGCGGCGGCGGGAUGACGGUGACCACGACGAAAAACUAUUGCCGUUCGCCGUCACCGCGUUCCCCGAGUCCGUUCCCGCUGGCCUUCUCCGUCGACAACAUACUCCGCCCGGAAUUCGGAAGCAAACUCCAUCAGUUGCACCAACAUCACCUUCACCACCACCACCACCAUAACCUGCUGCUGCAGCAACACAACGGUAACGGCAACAACAACAACAACAACAGCCGCGGCAAGCAGCCGUCCGUUUCGCCGCCGCUGGCCGUCAACAAACUCCAUUACGGCGUCGAGAACAACUGCAAGCUGCAGCCGCUCGCGCCGUUGCGGCAACAAUUGCCGCCGGCCGCCCCGCUGCUCAGACCGUCUCCGACCAGGCCGAACGCCGUGGCGGCCGCCGCGGGCCUCAAGCGGUCGGCCGCGACAGCGGCCGACAAAGGCAACAAACGGAAACCGGCGCCGCCACCGCCGCCGCCGGGACUGCAGUCCGUUUCGCCGGUCAGCAACAAAAAGUCCGCCGCGGCGAACGGCGUCGGCCAACACCCGCUGCUGAAGCAGCCGCUCGACGACUCGGCAAACAUCAUCAACAACAACAACAACAACAACACCAACCAUAACAACAACAACAACAACACCAACGACCAGGAUUCGGGAUCGGACGCGGCCGGGGGCGGCGACCAGCAGAACGGCGACAAGGAGAUGUGGCCGGCGUGGGUGUACUGCACGCGUUACUCGGACAGGCCGUCGUCGGGUAAGUCGAAAACUCGUUUGCACCGUAGUAACAUAAGUAAUAAUAAUAUAAGAAUACGUCUACCCCGCGCGUCACGCGGCCGCAGCGAAACCCGUUUUCACUCCGUUGAUAUUACGAAAAUCGAACGUAUUUUCGAGAGAGAGAGAGAGAGAGAGAGAGACAGAGAGAGAGAGAAAAAAAUGCUACAGACACUGCGUCAUCGCUUAUAUUUAUACAGGGCGCUCGCGCGGUCACGGUGUUUUCAACGAUAAAACCGCAAUAAGCGAUUCCCGAGCGAACGAUUCGCGUUGUUAAACGUAAGCGAAACCCUUUCUCUCCUCCCCCCCAACCGCCCCCUUAGAACACAGUCUCUCGUGUCGACAGUUUUCCGUCGAGUUGACCGUGACGAUCGACGUCGCGUGUACUUUGGCGCGAAAUUGAAUUGUUCGUCGGGUCCGCGGUGCCGAGUCGGUGGUUUUCGCACAGUGCGAAACUGUUGCGGACGUUGCGCGAUCCCGUAACGCGCGGUUUUCGCAAAAAAACUGUCCGGGAAUAAAUUUCUUUUCGGGCCGACUUUCGUUCGCGCUGUUUCUAAACGGCGAGUUUUCGCGACGGUACCCGACCGAUGUCAAUAAACGAGGUAUAACGGCCGUUUUGCGGGGAUUAUUUCCGCGUCUCCCGUUUUCGGGCGGCUUCAGAACCGUAUACAUCAAUAUCGUUCGUCUGAAAAUCAGAGUCCGAAAAAAAUUAAACCCGACGGUAUCCUUGUCGACUAUCCGGUUCGACCGGACGGCAACAACAACGCGAAACGCGAGCCGUAACCGUGCCGUAACGAAUUCGACAACGAAAAUUGGUCGGACCGUCGUGCGCUAGAUGGCUAUCGUCUCGUUUUUUUUUUUUAACGACAUAUUCCGGCUUUUACGGCGUCGUGUCGUCCGGUCCCGGAUCGGACCGACCGCGAAUGUCCAUAAACAAUACCGCGACGGAAAACCGCUUAUCGAACCGCUCUCCGGGAAAAAGUCUACUGUCCCGGGCCGCCCGCGGUCGCCGUUCGCCGUCAAUUGUUUUCGCGCGUUGAGCGGCCGGACCCCGUGUAAAACGAUAUUGUAAUGCGGACGUCCGUCGGUGUUAAUUUUGUUCGUUCUUUUAUCCCGUCACACGUUCGCCGUGCACAACACGAUCGUGUGCACGCGGGCGCGACGGAAACAACGCACUCGUUUCCCCCCGGCAGCCAGAUUGCGCCCCGCCGCCGCGAAAUCGUGUAAAUUACGCCGUCGCUUAAGGAAAAAAAUAAUAAAAAAAAUACCCGCUCACGGGUAUCGAAAAUCCCAUCUCGCCCGCCGGUCGAGCGUGUAAGUUACGAACGCGAGUCCUUUCGGCGUGCGAUAACCGAGCAGGCGCACGAAAACGCCGCGCGAACGUCCGGAUGACCGCGUAAACGACACUGUCGCUUCUCGACAAAACGAUAGUUUUUCGGCCGAUUUUCCGUACGCUUCGUAUCGCGCGCAUCUACGGCACACGAAGUUUUGCGCGUCUCCGGUGAAACGUCUUCUCGCGGUUCGACACGAUUUCCGCUUUCGGUUCCGGCAUACACGCCACAGCUUCGUGCGGUCCGGCCUCCGGUCCGGAGCGACUUCGUGUGGACUCUGAGAUUCCGAGUGGAGCGAAAUCCGCCUACGGUUUUACAAAAUAUGUAAGACCGUUUCUCUACCGGAGGACUUGCUCCGGUUCUUCACGCGUUGAAAUGAAGUUAUCGAGGUCGUUAUUCGAUUUUCUCAAAAAAAAAAAAACGGGAGAAUGUUAGAAAUGUAGGUGUGUACGUUGACGGUAUUACGUUAAUUUCUUUAUGCCGCGGACGACUUUUCUACCGACAAGUUUGCUCCGACUUUUAGCGGUUUUAGCAUUAUUUCAAAAAGGAAAUCCUACCGGAGAGCCGCUGUAGAGAGAGGGGUCGUUUCUCGAUUUUCUCAGGAUUUUUUCCAUUAAAUGUGAAAGACCGGGAAAAAACGUAGGGAAAUCGGUACAACUAAAUGCAUUUUACUACAAUAACAGUUUCGUUAUUUUCGUGAGCAACUGUUCGUCGUUGCUUGCACGGGUUCACGUGUAGUUCACGGGUUCACCCACAACGGUGGCUGCACCCGUCCCCGUCGUCCCAUUUUAUCAAUCGUCCGAAUUUAUUGUUCGUGGGGAUUUCUUCGGUUUGUUUCGCCUGUGUUUUUUUUUUAUAGCGAAUUCCAUACGAGUUCCAACGAAAAACCUUAAAAGCCCAUAAUCGUUCAUUUUUAUUUUUAUUACUCGUCCACUCAAUAACAACGAUGGGAAUUUAUUCCGUUCGCGAACGUAUAAAACGCUUACCGCAGUAGACGAAAUAUUAUAAAAAAAAAAGGAAAGUAAAAGAUUGUUUUUCGUUCUUUUCGCACUCUGUACGUUCGCGGACAUAAUGUAUCGCGCCGAAAACCCCCCGGGAAUUCGGCGUUUUGUUUUUCUCGUAGCACUUCCGAGGAACGGUAGUUUUUUUUUUCGCAAGAGGGGGGAGAAAUAUCACACGCACGGCGACUUGUAAUGAGACGGCGACGACGACGACGACGAAUAUUCCGCACAGAUUUUCUCGACGAAAAAUCACCCGACGCGCGCUCUCGGCAUGCCGAGGGCGCGGGAUUUCGGAUUUUCCGCCGAGUUUCGGUUUUCCCGUUCGCGCGCGUGUGCGUGUGCACGCGGGCGUACUCGACUGUAGGCCGUCGUCUCGGCGGGUUUUUUUCUUUUUAUUAUUUUUUCUUCUUUCCGUUCGCCGUGUGCGCCGGCACCCGGCCAUUGCCGUCGGCGGCGCGUUGUCGCGCGCGGAAUUCAAGCCGUACGCGCUCGAGAGAAACGAAAUCGGCGGCGCCGUCGCCGGCCCGCCCGGAGAAAACCCCCGGCGGGCGCGCGUCGUUUGCGUACGCGUGAAAACGGUUCAAAUUUUUUACACAUAAUAUAAAUUGCGAAUGAGUUGAAUAUUCAAGUGCAGAUUACAAUGAUAUACGUGUGUUUGGCCCUGCACUGCGAUGUUCAAAAAAAAAACGCGCGUUCCCGUCGUCCGGGUCGGCCGUUCUCCGCGAGGCGGUCGGUCGGCCGCCGUCGCGCGUUCGCGCGGGUGCGGAAGACCGAACCGGAAAAGCGCGUGUCCCCCGCCCCCCCCCAUUCGACUUUUACCGGAAAAAUCGAUUCGUUUUAAUUUAUUUUUUGUUUUCCGCGGGAAACCCGGUAAAACGCGGAGCGCGCGUUGGCCACGUCGACUGCGACCGGACAAACGUGUUUCACGGUUUUGUGUUUGCGCGCGGAUACGUACGCGUCCGCGGGACGGCCGAAAAACGGGAAUCGCCGGGCACCGUUGCACCCACGUCCGCGUCCGCGCGCGUGUACUUUGCGACGGCGUCUUUGCGCGGACGACGGCACCGCAACGGACGGGACUGUGGCGCGCCGAGAUCCGGCGGCGAAAACGCGGCGGCCGGCGCGGGGUUUUCGUCCCGCGAGAUUUCGCAAUUUGAACUGGCGACGCGCGGCUCGCCGUGCCGGACGGCGCAAACGUUCGCGGACCCUUUCAACGAACCGUUACGGCUGCAAUCGUUCGAAAUGCGCGACGCGACGGUUCGUUGGAAUUCGAUAAUUCCCAUCUGUUUGUGAUCGGGGAAAAAAAAACGGGAAAUUUUAAGGCGAUAAUUAGAACAAGGCUUCGUGAUUUUCGCGUUUUCCUUACGGACUUUACGAUUGUAAACCGUCGACGUAUUUUCGAAAUAUCCGCAGAACAGAUGUUGCUAAAUUCGACACUUGAGCAGCUGAACCGAAUUAAGAUUUAGACGAUAAAUUAGCGUAAUUAUCAUAAUUACGGACUUGGUUACCGUAUUAUCGUCGUCCGCGAUUAUAGGCGUGUUCGGUUUUAACGUUGCGCACUAUUAUUAUCGAACAGAGAAAACAGAUUUGAAAUUAGUGACUUUCGAUUUCUGUGGCUUUUCUACCGGAAAUCUUGCUCCAAUUUAUAAUGAUAGCGAAAUUUCUCAAAGGAAAUCCGACUUAAGAGGUGCUUUAGAGAGGGAAAACGGGAAACCGGGAAAAACGUAGGAAAACCGAGAAAAUCGGUGCAACAUUAAACAAAUAUUACCAAAGAAAUUAUUUAAUUGUUUUACGGACAUAUUGAAAUAUUGUUGACAAAGCAUCGCCGAUAUUGAACUCCGCUUAGAAUCGUUUUUUGAACGGUUUAUCGUUGCUCACACGGUGUACAUUACAUUUAAUGUACAACAGUUAUUUCAUCUAAUAACAGCGGCUACACCCGUCCCAAUUAUCCUACGCCGCCUUUUUUCGCCAUUAUCCGUUCGCGUUCCACUUGACCCAAGCUGCCACAACUAUCUUUCCACUGUCCGCGUUGUUUUUUUUUUUUUUGCCCCCCUUCUCGUUUUUACGCGUUGUCCGUUCAGUGCUCUUUUUCUAUUACAAGUCUCUGCACACGCGUCCAGACCGCACUGAUAUCGCUCUGGUAUGCGACAGCGUAUUCGGUUUUCCAAACAGACUGUACGGGUCUUCAUUUUCGUAAGAGCUUGCUAAAUCUAAACACUCUGCGGUUAUACGGUGAAACCGGACCGACUAUACUAGCCGACAGUGCUAUUCAUGUUGUUUCCGUUUAUGUAUCACGGCCGGUUUUGACGUACGGCUUGUUCGGUUAAAGGCCGAAACGCCAUGUACCCACCCGCGCAUCGGCUUCUUCUGUGCGUUUUCGGACCGUCUAUAAACGGCAUUUAACAUUUUCGAGGGUUGUUUUUCAUUUUAGAUUCUAAGCGGAGCGAAAAAGCUUAUGGUUUUACAAAAGUGUUCCGACCAUUUUUCCACCAGAAGACUUACUCGGAUUUCUAAGCAAGUGUAGCGCCUUUUCUGAAAGGAAAUCGGCGUGGGAGGUACGUUUCGAUUUUCUCUAGAGUUCUCUCAUCGUAAUUGAAAAACCGAAAAAAAAAAAAAAAAAAACACGGGCAAAUGUACGAAAUAUACAUACUACUAGUAUAUUACAAUUUUUUUUUCCGCCGCGCACAACUAUUCAAACGAUAAUUUCGCUCCGACUCUUAGUAAUAGCAACGUUAUAAUAGCAAAACGAACUGGGAAAAUCGGUACAACGUUAAUCAGACAUUAUUAAAAGAACAUGUGUCGCCUAUUUAAUUAUUUUAUUAUAAAAUGACACAACCGCUCAGAGUCGUUUUUUCCGUAAGCAAUGGUUUAUCUAUUACGGUGGCUGCACCCGUCCCUAUUUGUUUUAACAAUUAUUUUCUAACCGUUUCUGUAAUCCGUAUUUUAAACGCUCCGUCACAAACUAAACCGCACGGUACAUAUUUUAUUACGUUACGCGUCCCCCAUCGCGGAUUUUCAUGGCUUUAAAGUGGCUAAGUACUGUCGGGCGCGCGCGUAGUGUAUAUAACCGUUAACGCGGUCGGGAGGGUGGUGACGUGGGAGGGAAGGGUCGGGUCGGGUGAUAAUUAUUUUUUCGUGUAUUUUUUUUCGAUCGCGAUAAAAACACAAAAUCAUAAACGCGACGGGGAUUUCGCCGGCGUCGGCUCCUAUUGCGGACGGCCCCACGCCGCCGUCCGCGCGCCCCGGCGUCGUACAUAAUUCGCCGUCCGACACGUGUACGCGACGAAAAUAACAAACGACGACGACAAUAAUAAUAAUAAUAAUAAUAUUAUUAUUGUAAUGAGUGUCAUAAUGUAAAACGGCACAUAAUAGUCCCGAGGGGUGAGUAGAGGGGUUGUAGGAGGCGGCGGAGGGUUGGGCGGUUUCGGGACGACGAUCCAUCUGCGGCGUGUUUAAUAUCGCUGGGGAGAAAUGUGAAGCCGCGGAGACAAUAUCGCUCGUUAUUCGCGUGUACGGUCUCGACAAUAUGCGAUUGUUCCGCGGGUUUCCGUUCGGUUAUUUUUAUUUUUUUUUUUUUCCAUCAUCAUUCCUUCCGAUAUUGUUCGGCAUUAUCGCACCUUCUGUGUUCACAUUCGUUCGCACCUUCUGUCGCGAAUGGACCGCGAUUCACGCGCCCGACGCCGAAGGGCGGGGCGUAAAAAUGUAAUUCCGUAUCUGCCCACCCCAUCCCCCACCCCGCGACAACCCCACCCCUCCCCCUAACCGCGGUAACGGCUGAAAACGUAUACGGGGGGAGGGGAGGGGGAGGGAGGGACGAUGGGAAAAAGUCGCCAUGACGUUCUGCGCCUCGCAGGUCGUUUCGAAAUUUCGGGGCGCGAUACGACUGCGGUGUAUCGCAAUAACAAUAAUAAUAAUAGCGGUUUGUUCGCGUCAUCAUAACGUGCGUACAUGUGUAGACGAUUGAGUAAAACAUCCGGCCCGCAAACGUCCCAAACCGAUUCUCCCCGCCCCCCGAACUGAUCUAUAAAACGUACCGCGGCACGUUCGGGACGUUUGCGAUUACAGCUGGCAGUUUUCGUAUCCGGCAGUGAAUUUUAUCCGCGUGAGUUAACACUUAGCACGUCGAAGAAGUAAUUUUUACCAAAAAAAAAAAAGGAGGAUGAAGCGUUAGUACCGAUUUUCCCGAGCUACGGGUUUCGCGCGGCCGCUGAAAAUCCGGUGGCGACAGGUUCGCCACGGGGUCGUCGUCGUUAUCAGUAGUAAGCCGUCGACGAGGUGAUAUUGUUAUCUCCGGGACCACACGACUCGGGCGCAUUUCGAAUGUCGCGAUGUAUCGGCUCUUAAGGGGUUUUCUUUGCUUGUUUUAUUUUUUUUUUUUUUAUUAUUUUAACGCGCAUCGAUUUCCGCCGUCGUUACGAUAUCGAUAAUAACCGUCGCCGUGGACGGUGUAUACAAUGUCGACGGGGGAAAAAAAAAAAUGGCGAAAUGAGAAUAAACUUUCAGUUAUAAAAUUCACGGGGCGCACUGUGACGGACGGCGAUGUCGCUCAAAUCGUUUUUCAAUCGAACGUUUCAAAUGGCAGCGGCGCGGGCGACCGCGCGCUCCUCCGUGGGAAAUGAACACGCGUCGCGGCCGCGUCCUCGAGACGGGAUUUCCCCGCGGCACACACGUCGCCAACGCCGAAACGGUUCGCGUGCGUUUGCGUGCGCACGGGACCGGUGGGAAAUCCGGCGCGGCGCGCGAAUAAAACGACAAGGGCGCCGGCGGUCGGACCGAUGCGACACGGAGACGUCGCGCCGCGAAAACCGCACGUCCCCGCCGGACCUCGCGCGGUUCUCGGGCUGCGCGGACGGCCGGGAAACGACGCCGAACAAAAAUUACGAAAAAUAGCCGAGACGCGUGAAGCCCGCCGGCGACCGGACUCGAAUUUUGACGUUUUCGCGUGUAAAAACCGUUUCGAAAGCGCUGCCCCUAUCGGUCCGUAGUUCCCUUCGAAAAAACGAAAAAAAAAAAAAAAAAAAUCUACAGCGUCUUUUCGCGAGCGCUCCGGCUGUAUGGAAAACCCGUCCGCGAUCGUUCGCGAGACAAGCAAUUACUAAAGCCGUCGUCGUCGCAGCGACCAGUUGAACGCGCAUAAAUCACCACUCUGUCACGACGCGCGCGUAUUAUCAUAACAGUCGUAAUAUUAUUUACCGGACGUUAAAAAAAAAAAAAAAGAAAAAAAAAGCGGUCUUGUAAAACAAAUACCGAGAGACGGGGGGGGGGGGGGCGGGUGAGGAGAACGCAGAACGUUCAUAAAACUCAUAAACGCGAACGACGGAACAUAAUGGACACACGCGUUUGAUUGACGUCACGGCCACGACCGUGAUUUAUGGUACUCGGGCUGAAAAACGGAGCGAAAAUCGGUCACGCUUGAAUCACGCACGGAUUUAGAUUCCGAGCGGAGUGAAGAUUGCAAAGGCGUUUUGAAAUUUCCGUGUGGAAACCCCUCCCCCAAAAAAAAACCCCCCCGUAAGAACAACGGCAUCCAUAUUGAUUUUGUAAUUGGAAUAAUUGAAAUAAUUGAAAUUUUAAUACGUUAAAAUAUAUUAAGUAUACAAAUAUACACGUAUACGUUUUAUGUAUUUAAACACUAUCAACUGAACUCCGCUCAGAAUCGUUUUUAGAAUAACCUGAUUAUUGUCUCAACUAUUACUAUAACUACUAUAAUAGUGGAAUAGCUGCCUCGUGAAGUCAUAACUUAUGCGUACCGGUUUUUGAAAUGCUCGGUUUCGCUUCACUUGUCUAUUUGUGUUCCACGAGUAUUUUUUUUAGAUUCUGUUUUUCUGGAUUUUUUUAUUCUGCGGACAACUAUUUUUCUACCAGAUGACUUGGUCCGAUUUUUACGUGCAGUAACUUUUCUGGAAAGGAAAUCGGUAUGGGGAGGUACUUUAAAGAGGUCUUUUUUCAAUUUUCUCCGGAGAUUUCGCAGUAAAUGUGAAAAACCGGGAAGAAAACACGGAAAACCGUGAAAAACUUUAGAAUCCCGGAGAAAUCGGUACAUGUAUUGUUGAUGAGCAUCACUAUCAACCGAACUCCGUUCAGAAUCGUUUUUUUUUUCUCAAUGAUUUAUCGUUGGAUAAUCGUAUGGAUGUUUAUUACAUUUAAUUGAUUUAGAUUGUUUCUUUAAAUUUUUAAAUAUUACAAUAUUUCAACACGCCCGAGUACUUGCCGGCAAUAUUGCCGAUCGGAUAACGUGUAACGAGAGACGCGAAAAUAAUAUUCUCUUACAAUAAUAUUAUUUUUAUUGUUCGCGUCAGGCACACGGCCCCGGCACGCCCCAGCGCUUUUCCGCGAGUAGAUAGUUUUCGACGACGGGAAGAGAUUGUCGCACGUCAAAGUUGCUCAGAGAACCGUAAGAACUGCGGGUUCCUCCGACUCCCGUUGUCCGUCGGCACGGCGUUUUAACAGCGCGAAUAAACUUUGGUUUUCGUAUUUAUAAUCGCGGGUUUUUUUUGUUUUUUUUUUUGUCUUUCAUCGGAAGGUAUUUAACCGCAAGACGCGCCGUUUGGUUUCCGAAAAUGUCGCCGUCGAAGUUUCGCCGCAAAUAGUUAUAAUGUAUGUGUACCGGGGCGAACGAAUUUUUCACAAUUUAAAUAUUGCGCGCGUGUCCGGAAUGAAUCACCCGUCGGCUUUUGCAUUUUUUUUUUUUCCGAGUCAUUACGCCGCGCGUCGGUUAUCGGAGGAGAUCAAUCAUUUCCGUUUCGAAUCCGUUCCGCAGAACGUACGUAAUGUGCGCAGCGUUUCGUCUAUUUUCGCUCCGUUCCUCGGCUCGGGCCACGGCCGAUACGCGCGUACCGUACUUCGCAUAAACCGAACGCGCGCAAAUGUCAAUCGGCGAUCCGGCAAUCGUCAAUAACACGUUACAAAACGCCGUUUCCGUUGGACGCGCGCAACGGCCUAACCGAUCGCGGCGCGUUAUGUCUCGGGUUCGUGGUUCCGAGGAGUUCGAAUCGCGACGGACACGCGGAAACUAAAACGCCGAAGGAAACGAAAACGUUCGGGCGUGUACGCGUAGCGAACCGUUUACAGAACCCCGCGCGACACUCGCGCCGAACUCGACCGGCGACCGGAGCCGGGACCGUUUGCGCCGACGUUCGCGCGUCUCUCUCUCUCUCUCUCUGUCUCUCUCUCUCGGGGACCGACGAGACAGUUCACAACGAGAAUCCCGGAACCGCAAUACUCGUAUCGAACGCACCGCGUCCGAUCCCGGUUUCCCCGCGCCGUUUCGCGAACGGAAUUAUCCCGAUUCGCGGCGGCGGCGGCGGCAAUCGUCGGUGUCUCGCGCGCAACACGACGGAAAUUAUCCAGAUAAAAAACUAGGUAUACGGAUAUAUUUAAUUUUUUUUCGUUUUCAAAAAGUCCACGCGACGCCGGUUCGCCGUUUCGUCCUUUCGGACGGUCCACGGUCUUCGGAACGCGUUCGCCGUAGCCGCACGGAGGCGGCGCCCGUGAAUCAACGACGCGAACGGAAUCCCGCGGGCGUACGGCAUCCGGUACGCCCUUUGUUCGUCGCUUACUUCGUUUUCCCGCCGGGGAGGGUGAGGGGGGGCCGUCGGCGAACGGGACUGCGUUACGCGGCCGCAGUCACCGCCGUCGGAAUUCCCGUCCGGUGUACGCCGCACGGGUCGUCUCGUCCUCGAUACGGAAUCGGUUGUCAUCGGUAACGGUAAACGACGGCCUUCUCGUCCCAACACUCCCCCCCCUCCCCCCGUCCGCUCACUGUUCUAUUGCGCGCGCGUGUCUGACCGACCGCGUAUCGGCGAAAAGACCGAAAAAGAAAUACAGAAAAAGCCGAAACUCUCCGUCGGUCGGCCGUUCGGCCCGCGCGUCUGUCGCCGAAAACAAUCAAUUACUCACGUAGCUCAAACGUUUCCCCGUCGAAUCCGCCGGCCCCGCGUGCGCGGCGCGACGGCGGGACGCUCGGCGCGGGUCUCGCGGAAUAUCCGACGCGAAACGGAAAUUUCCCCGCGCGGAAAAGCGUUUUGUUCGGCGAUAACAAUUACAACGCGGCGUCUGUCGAGCCGACAGCGCCGGGACCGCGGUUCCGUCCGUUCCGCGCGUCACCGAGCGUUCGUUUCGGGGCGCCGGGGGCGGCGGCGUACCGUUUUACCGCGCCGCGCGGGUCGCGCCACUGCACACGGCGAACGGAAAUACGGAUUCGCGGGCGCCACUGAAACUCCGAAAAUGUCCAACGCGCGCCGCUCGUCGGUGUUCGUCCGCCCGUCGUCCGAAAUUCGGCUCCGGCGCGCUCGCGCGAAACGCCGGAAGCCCGUCAGGACGGAAAAAACCCGUUCCGACACCUCGCCGGCCGCGAAAUCCGCGCGCGUCCCGCCGAAAGGGUUUUCGGUCGCGCCGCGCGUCGUCGGUACGGACGGCGCGAUAAACGUCCAUUGUCUUACGUCGCGGGGUCGUGGUGAGGGGGGUCGGGGAACAAAAGAAAAAAAUCGCCCCGUAUUUUAUUGCACGAAAACGCGAGCUACGGCGAUCGAUAAAACGCGAACCGUCUUCCCUCGCGCGCGCCCCGACAAUCUUUUUUCGGCCCGAUUAUCUCGCCGCGCGCCGCAGCCGAGCGUCGGCGAAUCAAUCGUUUCGUCUCGUCCGCCUCACUCUCACUCUCUCUCUCACUCUCGGGCUCGCACAAUCGCGUCGACAUAACACCGUGUAAAAUACAAUGCGCCCGAGACGACCCACUGAGAAUCGCGUAAUCGUAUUCCGAUAUACAGGUUUACGGGCGUAAAAAAAAAUAAAAACCUCGCCCGAAAUCGUUGUCAGCGGUUGCCCGAGACGACGGUCCGAAAACGAAAACGUACUGCCCGAUCACGCGUUACCGCGUUGCUAAAUGCCAGUAAACUGCCGAUUGUAACCGAUACCCUCGAAACGAUUUAUUGUCUUUUUCAAUACAGAAACGUCGUCAACGGGAAAACGUAUCCAAUUGAACGGAGCGAGGCGCUCUUCAAGCGAUUUCCUUAUGGGGAAUUUUUAAUAUUUCAAAAACGAAUGCGAAUAAACAAUCAACCGAUCAACUAUAACAGCGCCAUCUCGUUUCAUAUUUUCUAUGACAGUAAACACGAUAUUUCGCGUCUUCCCCGCGUCGUUUUCAAAACAUUUGCCUCGCCACCACCGGUCGCCGUUAUUUUCAAAUAAAAUUGAAACCAAUCGUCACGCGAAUCGACGUGCAGAAAACGUUUUCGUUCGCCCACGCUCCGACGAAACGACACCGGGUCGUGAAAUUCGAUACGUUUUUAACGGUACAACGAAGAAAUGCCGCUGGGUUUAUUCGGCUAGUUAAAUAAAUCUAACAAAUGUAAUGAAAAAUCUAAUUUUUCAAUUUUUUUUUUUUUUUUUUUUUUUCGAAAAUGUGCAUAUUGCCUAUUUAAGAACGACGAUGAAGUCAGAAUUAAUCGGACCGACUGAGUUUCGAAAUUAUAGCUUUUGGUAGUUCUGAAAUUAUAUGUUAUGUCAAAUUUAACUCUAUACUGAAGCGUAUUUGUGGUGAUCUUAUAACUAUUAUGUUAUUUAUGCCUAUUUAUGGUUAUUUCUAUCUUAGGGGUUCCGAGUUCAAACCAGUGUGUCGAAAAUAAAUUGCAUUUUAUUUUUUCCGUUUUACCGACAAGAAAAAAACAAAUGCGUUUCGAGCGUACCCAGAAACCAAACCCGGAUAGCAUGAAUAUUAUGGAUACGUUAUAUUGAUAACAAAUGUUUACGUUUCUAAACGAAUUGUUGAAAUGAUAGUCUGAACCGCGCUCAGAAUCUUUUUUCGUCGGCGUUUUAUUUUCACUAUAGGUUUUCGACACUUCGUAUUUUCUGGGAUACGGAUAUCUUUAUGAACGCGAAAUUUAUACUUUUAUGCACUGAAAUAAUCAUUAUCAUUGAUUUACGGGUUGGUUCGCCGAUACGGAUAGAAAAAAAAAAUCGAAUCAAAACGUACAGAUAAAUAUUAAAAUUGAUAUCAUUUGAUCGUAAACGUAAUUCUAUAAACGCGUGUGCGUCAAUCAUCGCGAUUGAGUUUAUGUUUAUUGAGUUUAAACGAUACGUUUAUUUUUCACUCGUACUGUACCUGCAAAAGCCCAGUGUUUUUUUCGUUAAAAAAUACUGUGCGGCGUUUCGAAAAAUAUGCGCCUGUCGCGCGACGGGUUUUUUUUUUCGCCCCCGGACGCGCGAAACUAAGUUCGAACCUCGAGACGUUAAAAAACACGUUAACGCCGUCCAAUAGACACUAUAUCGCCAGUUCGGUUUGCGUGACUAAAACGAAAAACAACUUAAAAGGAAAAAAUUACAAACACAAGACGCGCGCACUCGCGGAACCGCGUUUCGGUUUCGGACGUUACUUGGGCCGCGCGUAAACUUCCAACGGCGAUUCGAUUGGAAAACCGCGGACAGUGGCGCGGCCGUACGGAAUUCGCGUCCGGCCCGGGAAACAGCCGUCGUCCGGCCGCGUCCGUGCGCGCGGCACGUACCGAGGCGUUUUUCGGCGCGUGAAUACGAUUGUUGUUUUUUGUUUUUUUGUUUUUUCUCAUACCGGAUCCGGAUGUCUAGUACGGUCGGCGUCCGAGUGUUGGCCGGCCGUCAUUGGGCGGGACGACGUCGGCCGUCGUACCGCGGCGACGUCGGUUCACGCGCUAUCCGGUGUACGGACGUUCCCGACCUACCGCGGUGUGGACCGUUCGAGAAACGCCGUCGUCCGGGUCCAAACGCGCCGUGCGCGACAGACGUAACGCGUACGGAGGAAAUGCGUUACGCGACCGUCGCUCCGCAGAGCCGUCGUUGUUGUUCGGGUAUUUUUUUUUUUAAAUUUUUGUUUCUAAACCCAACCGUUCCGAUCGCAUCGGGCGCCUAUCGACGUUUUUUCGAUCGUUUUGAAGCCGCGACAAUUACCGCGUUAUUGUGAUAACGAUGUUGACGUAACGAUAUCGACCGUGAAUAUUGCCGACGCAACAAAUAACAAAACACGUUUAACGGGGAGUGAGAGAGAGAGAGAGAGAGAGAGAGAGAGCGAGAGAGAGCGAGCGAGAGUGGGAGGGACGGGCCGGCCAUGUUGUUUGACGGAUUACUGUAGUACAGGUCGUAUUGAUUUUCCCGAACACUCUGUCACCUUACAACGUUACGCUAAUAUUUGAUUAGCGGUUUCGUUUCGUCUCUUUCCGCAUCCGGUUUAACGAACGAUCCGAACGCCGCGGUUUCGGACCGCGACCGCGCUCCGCUCGCGGCGGCCGGGCGCCGUGACAACGCGACCGGUGUCGAUUCGUUACCGGACGGUCGGUCGAAACAAACCGCGUUGGGAACCCAACGGGGCGGACCGGACGUUUCCCGCGAAACCGCACGGUGGAAACGUGACGCCGCGACAACGGUCCCGAAUGCGUUCUACCGGCGCCCGGUCGUUAAUCCGUCGGCACAACGCGGUCCGAAACGCAGCUUACCGACGGACGCACGGGCGCGCCGCCAGCAACGGCGAUGAUGACAGCGAUGUAAGAGUCCGUGUUCGCGGCGCGUUCGCACGGCGAUGAUGACAGCGACGGAGGCCGUCGUAUACGCGGUUCAUUCGUGUCGGGGUCCCGUGAACGGUUCGUCGCGUCCGCGGUCGACGCCGGUGUAUUCCGGGCCCGGGACCGCGUAGUCAGUGCGAGCGAUGUUCGCGAUCGGUCUCGACGGAACGCGAACCGGUCGUCCCCGCGCGCGUUCCGGUCGCCGCUCGAUCUGACGAAAACGGCCGGUUAGACGCGCGUCCGUUCGGAACAAUCGCCGGCGACUUUUCCGAACGGUCCGCCGGCCGCCCGCGACACGUGUUCCGAUACGACGGGUUUCCCGGGCGGAAAACGGACCGCCGGAAUCACGGCGGGGGAAAGAAAAUAAAAAAAAAAAAAAACGAAACGAAACGAUCCGCCGCCAAGGUUACGAGUUACGCGCUUAUUAUCGUGAUAUUUUUUGAGCGCGUUACGGAGUCCCGUUCGGUUAUGGCACGGACGUGAAACAACAUUACGAAAUAAUAAUCACUUAAUUACACCCGACCGCCGAGCGGAGUGCGACGCGUGCGUGCGCGUAACCACUGGCAUGCGUACGCGCAAUAACAAUGUCCCGUAAUGCGCGUUUUUCGUUUUUUUUUAUAAUUUUUACGGUCGCGGGUAUUAUUAUCAUUAUUGUUAUUGCUAUUAUUAUUGUUGUUGUUGUUGCUGUUGCUGUUAUCGCGCGGGGCGGCGUUAAAAAAACGAGAACCGCGUUUCGGCGAGAGAAUCAACACGCGUCCGCGGCGUCGGUUGUUUUGUUUUUUUUCGUUUUAUUAAUACGCGCGCGUUAACGGCUAUCGGGGGGGGGGGAGUUACCGCGAGAGCGCAACACCGCGGCGAGCGUUUCCCCCACCCCCUCCCAUCCCCUUUUUCGCUCCGGAAUACUUUUACGCGACGCGUCCGACCCGGCAUCGGUUUCGGAUUUCGGUGAACCCGAACGCGGGGAAACGCGCGCACUCGGGUUUUUCGCCGGGAUUCGCGCGCGGAAAAACCGAAAACCGCAUUACGCGGCGAUAGCACCGCGCGCCCGCUACGGAAUCCGACGAAAACGCGACGCGCCGCACCGUCGUCGUCACGCGCGUCGCUACACGUCCGGGGAAUUCCGGAAUUCUCUUCGUGAUCGGGACGCGAGAAUAACCGCUUCUUUUUACUUCCUCUCCCGUUUCGCGCUAUCCGUUCGAGUCGUCUGUCGGGCGCUCGCGCGUGCGCGGUCGCUCGCUCUCGGCAGACGCGCCGCUCCGGCGGGAGGUCGCCGCGCGUACGCGUAACGCGACGACCGCGUACGCGGCGGGUGAGAGUGAGGGGCGAAACAAAGUAAUAAUGACGACGACGACGACGGUAAUAACAUACGAGCCGCGCGUACGUACGGUACUACGGGUUUUUUUCUCCACCCCCCACACAACCACACUACUCCCGGUCGAAAUCCUAUCCCCGAAAAAAAAAGAAAAAAAAGACUCCGCGCGACGCCGUCCUCUCGCUUUAUUACGCGCACGUCGUACACAUUGUAGGCGCAGCGUGUGCGUGCGAGUGUAUUAUACGUCGUAUUUUUUCACACACCGUAUCCCCGCGCGGUCGGUAAACCGAGAGAACCCCUCGGGGCUCCGCUACAUUAUUAUUAUUGUUGUUGUUGUUGUUGUUGUUGUUGUAAUAGUCGUCGUGUCGUCGGCGGCGGGCGCGGGUUACGGGAGAAAUUGGCCACGCCCAACGUACCGUCCGCGGCGGCGGUUCCUCUUUUUUCUACGGUUUUUUUCUGCCGCCGCCGCCGCCGCGUCGUGCCGAACGGUUCGGUUCGGUUUUUUUUUUUCUGUUCAACCGAACGAACUAAUGCCACGACAGUGACGUUCGCAAGGCCGGCCGGGCCGUUGACGAGUCAAUAAAAGCCAACGUGGAAAAGUCCGGUUGAUUUAACUGUCCGAAACCAAUCAAGGUUUCGAUUGUAUUCGCGUUUGACCGCCCAACGAAAGUGAAACCGACCGGAGCGGAUUUCGCGUUGAAACAAAGUUGAUUUCGAUUUCGGUACGCGCUCGUGCGAACAACGCAUCCAAACGCGAACCGUCGCUAUGUACGCGAGUUAUUUUUUUUUUUUUUUAUUGUUUAACUGCCAAUUGGACUGGAUUCGAUAUUGUACUCGUGAUAAUGUCGACAUUUCAAUGUCGGUUGCCGCGCAAAAGUUUCAUCCCCGAAAAUAACUAGAGAGAUGAGAAAUGAUGAAAACGUCGAAUUCAUAGACGUAACGAUGUUUCUUUUAAUAUUCUACCGAAAAAAAACUCCUAAAACUAUUAUUAUGGAUAUUAAUAAUAUUCCGGGACAUAAUUGCGUUUGAAAAACCGAUUUGUUAGAAAUCGUGAGUAAUCUGAGUAGUAGAAAAAACGAUUCUGAGCCGAGUUCAGUCAAUAUAUACAUAUACAUGUCAUUUUAUGGAAAAAUAAUCAAAUAAUUAAAGCAUUAAUAUUUUCUUUAAUAAUAUUUGUUUAAUAUUGUACCGAUUUUCCUACGUUUUUCCUGGUUUUCCUGUAAUUUAUAAGAUUUCCUUUUAGAAACAUGGCUGAUUGAAAAGCUGUCCGCAGAAAAAAAAUAGUCGUAAUUUAUAUUUAUUAUUUUUCCUAGGACGUCUUCUAUCUGUUUGGUUCUUCUAAAAACGUUCUUCUAAUUGAAAAAAAUAUUUAAAUCCGUUUACACUGGCACUAAAAACUGUUUUCUUUUAAAUCGGUUCCGUACUUUAGUAGCCGAUUCGUAAUCACUCGUAACUACAAAUUCGGAAUUCGUAACCCGGACCAAGUACCCGAAAAACCGUUGUUCCCGUACGGUUGCCGUAACGUAACACCGGACCAGCACAUUAAAAUAAUAUUACGCCACCCGGCAGCGCCGGUAUGGGAAAAACGGUUUUUCUCGGUUUAGGUAACGGACGUCGAAUAUGUGGUUACGGACGAUUGCGAUUCGGUUGCUAAAGUACGGAACCAAUUUACAAGAAAACGGUCGUGGCGAAAUAUUAUUUUUUAUUAAUAUACGGACAUUUUUUUAUUGUUAUUAUUAUUAUUAUUAUUAUUAUUACAACGGCGGCGGCAAGACCCGAGCGCCGGCGGAUUCGCCGAGACACACGGCGCGCACACAGAGCGGUAAAAAAAAAAAAAAAAAAAAUAUACGACGCAUACGUAAUAAUAUUAUAUUAUUAUAAAAUAAUAACGAUAAUAAUAAUAUGCGUAUCGCGUGUAUGCACAGUCGGGUGUAUGGCGAUCGAUACGCGAAAUGAGGGCGAAACUCAUUGCCAUUGUGUGUGUGUGUGUGUGUGUGUGUGUGUGUAUGUGUGUGUGGGAAAUUGGGAAGGUAGACCACAGACGGGAAUUUAACGUAAACGAAACAAACGAUUUCGAGCAGAAAACCGAAAAUGAUGGUGCCAUCAAAAAUAUAUAAUACAAAUGAAUACGUGUGUUAAUAUUGAGACAAUUAUUGAAUAAACAUUUCUCUUAGGUUGUACCGAUUUCCCCGGUUUUUCCACGCGUUUCCCGGUUUACCAGCCGGAAAUUGCUGGUAGAAAAAUUGUCCACAGGGAAAAAUGAGGCAAUAAUAUAUUUGUAUUAUUUUUUUUUUUUUUCGGUUUUUUACAUUUGUUGAAAAAACUCCGGGGAAAAUCGAAAAACGACCUCUCUAAAGUAUCAGUGACGUUUCCUUUUAGACAAAUUUCCGGCAGAAAAGUUGUCCGCUGGAAAAAAAAAACACGGCCCACACGGAAUCUAAAAGUCGUACAAAAAGACGUGUCUAGUACAGCCGCUUAUGACCCGUCUGGGCCACUUGGGCCCGUGGCGAUUGUCCGCCAUAUUUACACCACCGAGGUUCACCUCCCGGAUUUUCCAGUAGCACCACAUUCGCCAGAUUUUCCAGAUUCCACGCGGAAUAUUCGAACGGACAGUAUAAUAAUGGUUUUCGGCCUAUACGACCGAUUUCGAGUUUCGGAGCGGUUUGUCACCGUUUUGUGGAAGAACGAAGGAUUUCCUUUUGUUUUUAAUUUUCUCAAAACGGAAUUCGCAUGCACCGAAUUGAUGUCACGAAAAUAUGCGUGUUACCGCGUUCCUUACUCUAAUUUCUAUUCGAAUAUGUAGAGUUUGAAAUGGAAUUUUUAAUUUUUUUUUUUUUUUUUUUUGGGGGGGGGAGGGGGUGAGGUUCGUUUCUAUUUUAAAACUAAAAGUACGCGUUCCAUGUCGAAAAUCAAAAUAUCACCGAACGAUUCCAUCAUGGAAAGAUUGAAAAAAAAAAAACAAAAAUCGAAUUCAAUAAAAAUCCGACGAUAUAUCGGAUGCCGGCCCGUGAAUAUUUUCAUAAUAUUAUUUUAUCAAAUUUUAUCGAAUAAAAAAAAAAAAAAUUAACAAUAUCGUACAAGAGGGCGUUGGGAUAUUUCGUUUGUUUUUUAUCCGAUAAUUAACCGAACUCUUUGAUUAUUGUGGUGUACAAAUAACGUUAACGAUAAUGCGAUUUCCAACCGUCACGCUGAUUCGAGUUUUCCGGAUAUUCUCUCCGAUUUCGUAAGAUUUGAAACGUUCGGCAUUUUAAUGGCCGUUAUGAGACUUUUAAACGAAAAUGCCGUUUUGUAUUUUUUUUUAUUUGAUAAUCAUCUAACGCGUUGAACUCUGGUUUUCGUUGGGAAAACUCUUGGGAACAUCGAAAAUAUCCCCAGUCGCGGAUUUCCAUUAAGAAAAACUGCUAUAGUUUUGAAUCGGAGCGAAAUCGCUGGUAGAAAUAGACGUGCACAGGAAAAUAAAAAAAAAAACAAACAACAACGCCGUGGUUAAUUUAUCCCAGUUUUUCGCAAAUAUUGUAUCGCGAUACAAUUUACGAUACGCCCAACACGGUCGGUCGGAUCCGAUCAAAUAUCAGACAAUGUCCGAGAGUAUCGAAAUUUCCAUAAAAACCCCUGAACCCCCCCCCCCGAACGAACCCACAACCGUUCGGAGUAUUUGGCGCGUACGUAACGGACGCGCGACGCCCGAUCCAAAGCUACGCACGCAUGACGGACCGAUCGGAUUACGCGCGAAUCGCACACUGGUUACGCGCGGCGGACGCGGCUUAUACCAAGACCCACCUCGGGACCGGCGCACAGACGUCGGCCGAACGUGAACCCGAAACGUUAGACGAGGCGCAGCGAACGCGGGCUGUCACGUGGGGCCGUUACGGAUAGGUUUCGCCUGCAGGAGAUGGGGCGGGGUCGGCGCGGUAUCCGUACGAAAACCCCGUAAUAUAUAAAAAAAAUAAUUAAAAAAAAAAUAAAAAAAAAGAGAGAAAAGAGAAAAAAACAGUAUUGUUCGUAGCGUCGUCGACCCGCGUGAUAAACGCAAACGCGUUCUAUCCCGCCGGCGUGCACUUGCGGCCGGGAUGCGCGGGCGUCGGGAGCCGCGGAAGACGCCGGGAAACCGGGAGAAAAACACGCGCGCGCCGCGUAUACGAUGCGGGAAAAACGGCUCGACGAUUUGCGGCGGCGGCGGCGGCAGCGGCGCACCGGAGGGCGAACCGAAAACGCCGCGUAACGGGCCGCGCGCACGCACACACGCAAUGCGCGCCGCGCGCCGUAAAACGCGCUCCCGGCACGGAUGACAAUACGGCGACGACAACAAUAACAGUAAUGAUAAUGAUUUCCCGCCGCCGCCAUCGCGUUCGGGGUCGUCCCCGCCGCCGCCGCCGCCGCCGCCGCCGCCGAAAGUACCUGCGCGCACGCGCGUCGCGGCCGCGAGGGUAGACGCGGCGAACGUCCGCGAGACGGCCCCCCGGCGAACCCGCGGAAAUAACGCCGGAAUACGCCGGAGCGCGGGGGUCGCCCGAGUCUCGUUAUUCCGCGGCGCGACGUUAAAAACAAACACUGACGCCGCGACGACGUCGGGACGGGACGGGGGGGGGGGGCGGUGGGGGUGGGGGUGGGGGUGCCGGAGAGCGCCUAAACGAAUGCGUAAACACACACAAACAUCGCGGCAAUACGCGAUUACAAAUAGCCGUUUACAUAAACACCGUUUGUGCGUGUGUGUCGGUUUGCACUUGAUUUCGAUUCGAUUUUAUUACGCUUCGCAGUAGUUUAUAAUACACGCAUAGCCGCAAUACCGCCGCUGUUCGUUUUUUUUUUUCGCAAUGGAAGAGCACAGCGCGCGCCCCCUCCCGCCCAGGCCGAACCCCCUGGUCUGAUUUCCCCGUUACUAAAACAGUCCUCGACUUCGAGGUUAACCCGAAAUCAUAUUUAAUAAUUGCACAUUCGACGGUAGCUUAUAUACGUACGAAACGUCGUCACGCAUCGGGCCUAGUGGAUUCGGGGAAUCGGGUGAAUGGUGUUAGGUUCGAUACCCGACGGCGUGUUCGGUCGCAUUUUUUUUUUUUUCUACGUACGUUUUUAUUUAUCGUAUUUGAUGUGAAUGUGUUCGCUAUUCGGAAAUAUUGCCGAGUUGUUAAAUGUCCAUGUUACACAAACGUUCCGUCGGCAUGUACAACGAAUGUUUUUUAUUCCAUUACGCUACAAAAAUAAACCAGUCAAAUUAUAUGUUCCGGACGCAGUGAUGGGCAUUAGCGAUCGCAUGCGUAUUACAAUCACGUUACGUCAACCGAAAAUGUGAUGUUCCGCGUGCGGGGUGUAAUAAAAUGUAUAAAUUACUUUCGUCGGUGUUCAUUUCAACUCUCCCAAAGGAGGAACUCAACAUUUAUCAUUUUUCAGUAUAAGCUACAACUUAGAUUUCAAUCGUUUUUUAACUGUCUUGUCGAAAAAUUGUAAUUUGUACGAUUGAUUGAAUAUGACUGUGGGAAAAUCGUUUAUUAUGUAGAAGUAACUGGAGUCGUCUUUAAUCGCGGGUAAAAUAUGGAUUAGUGAUUCGUAAUGUUAAGUUAUAUUAUAGAAUAUGAUCCUAUAGAUCAGUACUAAAAUGAUAUUUUCCAAUUAAAUUAUUUUAUUUAAAUAUCGAAAACGAGACGGUAUAAUAAUCAAUAAUGUUAUAAAGUAUAAUCGCGCAACAGAGCCGUAAUGAGAUUACUAAUCUUGAUGGUCGUGUAGGUACUUUACCUACCUGCGAAGUUUUCGUCAAAAGUGAAAAAUGAUAGAAUUCGAGUUACUUACCGUUUCACCGGGGACGGGGGGGGGGAGAGUCGAUUUCUUGCGUUUUUCCGCAAGUAACGGCGACUUUUACGUUACGUUUCCUUCCGUUUUUUUCCCGCCGCCGCGCGCGAAAACUCGGGAAACUCGGCCGCAACAAUCGCGCAGCGACCGGGACGGUUUUUCCGAGACGUUAUUCUGAACGCGGAAACCCUUUUGUUUUUCCGCCAAUAUUCCGCCGCCGAUAAUCGACAGCGACGCGUCGUCUCGUUAAAAAAAAAAAAAAAAACAACCGAACGGACGAAAUAAACGCGUCCGCCGCCCGACGAGCGUCCAGUACCUGACUGUUACCGAACGCGUUUUGUUUGUUAUUGUUAUACGAUAAUAUUUGACGAACGGAUAUAAUUACGUGGGUUACAAUGGGGGAAAAAAAAAUUUGGAAAAAAAAAAAAACGUCUCGCACAAAGGCGGUUUCCGGGCACCGCCGCCGCGGCUCGGGGGCGUCGUUUCGGCUAGGGACAGCAGACAAUAACAAUAACAACAAAAACAACAAUAACGAUAUCCAUUCCACCUCUAGCGCGCGCGCGGUCUCAAACUGCCGAGACGCGAAUGGAAAUCGCGUUCCGAAUGUCCAAAAAAAAAACACACCGCUGUCGAAUUGUACACGCAGCGUUGUUUUUUAGGACGUUUCGCACAAGCAUCGAGGUUUGAAUCGUAUUUACGUACAGGAAACGUGCACUGCGAAAAUGUUGAGUGGCCAACCGGAUUCGCGUAUUCGCCAACACGUGCGCGCCGCGGAAAGUCGGAAAAAUUGGUCACCGUCUUAAAGAUGUCGGGCGCGCGUUCCACGCGUUCGCAUAAUUUGCGUCGGUUGAGUUAACAAGAUCAUAUUGAGAAAUCGUCAAUUCCGGCCCAACAAUUAUUACAUUAUGAUCAGGGUUUUUUUUUUUUUUUUCCCCGGUGUCGUUUUGUGAAAUUGUUUACAUUUGCCAGCAGCAGGUACUACUUUGAGUUUGAACGGUUCCGUUUUUAACGGUUCGUCGGGCCCGCCGACGACUGCGUUCGCGUUACGCAGACUUAAUCGGGGGAAAAAAAAAAAACAACGAAAAACGACAGCCGCGCGGUUGUCGCCGACAGCAAAUAUUUCCGAUUCUGAUCGCGGCGUCGUGAAACCGAAACGUUCGCGGGACGUUGUCGUGUCGGACGUGCGGACAAUAUCCGACGCCGAAUAAUAAUUCGGCGCGCGAAAAUCGUCCGGACAGUCCCGUUGACGCGGUCGCCCCGCAAUGCGAAACGCGAAAUCGCGAAACGCCCGUUUCGUUACGCCAACGAAUCCGGCGCGCGUCCAGUGGUCACAGUACACAGUACACGGGCCGCCGGAACGACGACGGUUUUCAAUUCCCCGCCGGCGCGUCCAGCGCCCCGGCCGCCCGUGAUUCCCCGGGUGUUCGCGCCGCCGUUUCACGCGUUACGACACGGAUCGCGUUGCCUGCCGGCCGCUCGCGCCCGCGGCGGAAAUAAUUAACACGACAUUGUUGACGCGACGGCGCGCACCGGAAACGCGGCCGUUUGAAUGCGGUGUGGACGUGAACGGCGGGUUUCCGACUGUAUUACAAACGACGUUUACUUGUAAACAGCGAAACAACAAAGCAAAAACAAAACCAUUAAAAUAAAUUAAUUAACUACGCGAAACCGACCGGAUAAUUUUUUUUUUUUUUUUUUUUUUUUUCGCUACGCACUAUGUUAAUUAACAAUGUUCGGGCGUUUCUUCGUUUGACUGUUUGCAUUCAUAACGCUCUGUUGAUCUUUUAUUCGCACAUUUGUUCGCUAUAAAUGCUCGCAUUUGUUCCCGAGCUUUAUUGAAGAGCUGUAUCGCGGCGUGUCGGAGAGAAGACUUUUUUUUUUUUUGUAUCGGGCGUGGGGAGGGGGGGGGAGUCGUCCGUCGCGUCCGAAAAAUGGGAAAUUUCCCGCAAAUUUAAUUCGAUUUUGUUUUAAUUCGGUGAAAAUAAAUCUCGACCCGGAAUAUUCUAGGGAUUUUCAAAAUAUACUGGCGUUUUAUGAGUUAUGGCACGCCGAAAAUGCCCGAUGCUCGUCCUCAUCGUUGUUAUCUAUACAAAUAUCGAGAAUUUGUAGUGCGGAUUGUUUUCCGAACAAGCGUUCAAACAUUCAAUUGUCACGAUAAAAUUUGUAAAAAUCACCAAAUAUAUUCAUUUUUUGGAUCGUUUGGGCUGUUCGCGUGUUCGAUUUUUUUUUUUUUGUCGAACGGCCGCAAGAAUAUUUAUAGUGAUGACGUACGGGAUUUCUAUACACAAUAAACGGCUUAGAGAAUCACGUGAUUCGCAUACGACAGAGUAACGAAAUGCGAAUGAAAAUGAAUAAAAAAUUGAAAACUGAAUAGAAUCUGAAGUUGAAAUCAUCAGAACUCAAGGUUUUUUUUUCUCACCUGCGUCCAUUUUUCGAAAUUUUCUAAGGUAAAGUGAAACCUAUCCGUCUAUGCGGGACUAGUAUUCUUAUUGCGUAAUACGGCGUAUUUACGUAUCCAGUAGACGGACUUGCAAGUUGUUGUCGCGGUAAAUUAUGCGAAGCGUUUAUUACUUCAACUCGAAACUGUCAAAAAACAAUUUCGGAUUCGCCUUGUUGACGCAACGACCCCUUCAAUUAGCCGCGGGCGAUGAAAUAGUUUGUAUACUUUAUAGUAUAUAUGUGUUGUUUUUUUUUUUUUUGACCGAGUUGUUUGGACGUUACACGAUGAUGUGCCGGCGUACAAACGGAAGUUGUUCCGCGCGCUCCGGAUUCGAAGACUACGGUAAUUUUAUUAUUUAUAUUGAAUAAACGACGCGCGACGACAACACCACCGCAGCAAUUCGUAUAAAUAUCCGUUUUUUAUCCAGCACCGCCGUCGCCGUACAACGUUGUACGACAGUUUAUUAUUAUCAUCAUCAUCAUCAUCAUCGUUCAGUUAAAGUGGCCGACGAAAGAACAUCCGGCGGAUAUUGUAUACAGAGAUAAUAAUAACAAUUCGAGUUCUGUGUAAAAUAUCGUUUUCCGUCAAUUCGCGUAUUUUACAAGCCAUAUUUGCCACAGUGGCGGCUAGCCAGGCGACGGGGCGAGUGACGCGCGAAUUUCCGUAUAUUUCCCGUCCAGGUUUCAGCGACUCCGCGGCGUGUGCCGCCGUUACGGGACGGAACAAUUUGAUUUGCACCGAGUAUUUUAAUUGGUCGUGACGUGGAAUUCGGCAAUAGUUGCACAAAAACAACGACAAAGACAAAAUUAAAAAAAUGACUUUUUCCGGAAAAUAAAAUAAAAUCACGAUUUCGAGCCUUCAAAAAAGCGUACGAUUGAAAGCGACGUUGCCGAAAUCGUUGCAUGUAUCUGAAUAAAGUAAAAUAGCAGACAAUUCGAAAAUUGUUGUUGGUCACAAAAGAUUAUAUGUAUAUAAAACACUUAAAAAUCUACAAAAAAUUAAAACAGUUUGCAAUUUUAUAUUGUUUAGGUACCGUAUAUUUCGUAUAUUCAACAGCCGAAAUCAUUCGGUUUUGUGUCCGUCAUUACGAGUUCACCAUAUAUUUAAUGGAAAAAUAACUAGAGCCCAACGACGCUCUACAAAUCCCGACAGUUACUGAAUUAACAACACGACGCUACGAUAAAUUUCAAUCAAAACUUCGCUCAAACCAAAAUCCCCCGAUUUCCCGUACGUCCUCAAUCACCGCUGCCUCAAAGAAUAUUGAAAAGAAAUAAUAUUUAAAAAAAAAAAAAACCAUUUCCCCUUUAAAAUUAAAAUUGAAUAGGAGGUUGAUGGACGAUUUAGUCCCCUUAAGUCAUCGUGUUUUUUGUGUAGACGUUUAUUGGGAUCGCAUAAAAUUGGGGGGAGUGGGCGUUGUCGAAAAAAUGUGAAAUUCAAAAGGUAAUCGAAAAACCUAAUCUCGAAAAGUAACUGCCGCCGCGUUCGCCUCUCAGUCCGACCGUCUGUGGCGUCAAAAUGAGACGUUAUAUGGAAAAAAAAAAAAAAAAAGCAUUCCAGAGCAAGAUUGUUAAAUCGCGGCGUAGUUUAGAAAAAAAAUAAAAAUACGAAUUAAGCGUUUCAGUAUUACAAACGUAAAGCGGAAAUACGAUUAAUAAACGAGCGAACCGAAUGUGUCCGGAAAAACGUUUUCUCGAUUCAAAUGUUCGGCGUCCCUAUUGAAAUACCCCCCCUUCCCCACACAACCCGCUCGCUUUCCGUACAAUAUGUUCACGUUAUAUUUUCUAAGGCCUUUUAUCCCGAAACGUUCGCCUCGCCACUUACGCGAACGGCACGGUACUCCGCCGCCGCAUCGUUCCGCAAAUAUUGCCGCGGGCAUGGGCCGUCUGUCAUUUGUCAAAAACCUUUGCGGAGGUUCCGCACACAAUGCGAUAAAUAUCGCACGCAUCGUGCCACCGGGCGGUAAAUACGGGAUAAGCGAUUAUCGUUAUCGUUACUAUCGUCGUCGCGGCGAUUUUCCGCGCGCACUAAUGGAGCGCGCCCGACGCUUUUCAAACGUCCGGGAACCGCGCGCGCGCCGCGUUAUUAAUGAAAACGCCCGCGCCGGGUGUCACGAUCCGCGGUGUCGGGCGCGCCGACACGCGCAUAAUAUCGUGGGGAAAUGCGCGCGGCUUUUCGUCCCGCGCCGCCUUUUUUAAAUGGACCGCGACCGCGGGCGGCGAGCGUUUUUUUUCGUCCCGCAUUCCGCCCCUACGCUCGCGCCUUUCAGCGGUUUUCCGCGUGCGCUGAAAAACGUUAGGAGAACGGCGGACCACGCGAGUGCUGGCGGACCCGGUCUUUUUUGUUCGUUUAUUAUUUUCUUUGUGCGCUUCCCGUUUUUUCCGCCGUGUUCGCGCCCACUUGUGCCCGCGUUAUCGAACUCGAAUGUUUGCGUAAACAUCGCGAGGUCGGCGUGACCAUAACGUUCGCGCUCGCGCGUUUCGUCCGGAAAUCAAAACGACACCCGGCGUACCGGUAACGGUUGUCUAUAUGUUAAAACUGCCGGUGCGCACCAUCGGGGUCCUAACGCGAAAUAUUUUUCACGUAGACGCGUAAACCCGCCGCGAUCGGCGGGAGUCACGACUCCGUUUUGCCCGUUGUUCGGGUUUUUCUCGGUGUAUUUCAACACCGCGAGUUGCUCUCGAUAGCCUUUGAACCCGUUCUCGCCGAAUACAGCGCCGGGGACCGAAACAAGCGCCCUUCCCGGGCACGGACCGAAUCGAAACGGAUAGAAAUCGAAUUCGAUUGCUCGUCGAAACGGCACGCGUCGGUUUACGGCUUUCUCCCGCCGAGCGAGUGCACUCGCCGCCGAAAACAAUCCGUUUCGACGGACGUCAAUGCGUUCGAUUUAGGUUUUCACAGUCAUUACGGGACAAACCGAGAAAAAAAACGUGCGGGGACACGGAGAUUUUACAACUGUCGUAAAUACGAAUAUUACCUUGGUGUAUAUAUUUUUUGUAUUUUUUUCCGGUAAUAAUACUGAUAAUCGUUAAUUACUAUUAAUGUUGAUAUUUUUAGACGAAAAAAACGUUUUCGAACUCCGGCAAAUCCGGAUUAUUCCCACCGCUAAUGCCUAUUAUACCGCUCCGGCCCCGAACCGGAUACGGUCUGUAAAUAAGCGAUCGGUGGGGUGGGGGGGGGGUAACUAUAAUAAUAAUUAUCGGCGGUAUGUGCGCGCUGCUUAGCUGCACAUCACGAACUAUCGUUCGAGAGAGAAAAUACCGAAAUCACGGGACGUAUUUAUUAUUAUUAUUAUUUUUUUUCUUUUUUCGUUCGUUACGACGACGGACGGUUCCCAUCGGCUGCUGCGGCGGCGGUGUAGGUCGCGAGGGUUUGCGUACGGUCCGACGGCUCCGCCCACACGGCGGCGCAGGUAAUAUGGAAAAAAAAAAUAUAAUAAAAAAUAGGUACGCGUCAUCGCGUACCGUCGUAAACGCGUACCCGUCGAAAUAAUUGAUAGUACAUUUUCUUUAACAUUAUUCGUUUGAUGUCGUACCGAUUUUCCCGGUUUUCCUACGUUUCGCCCGGUUUUCCCACGUUUUAUCCGUUUUAUUUUCGAAUCUGACGAGAAAACCCCCGAAAAAAAAACGACCCCUCCGCAACGAUUUCCUUUUCGGAAGAGCUGCUACACUUCAAAAAGUGUUAUUUUUUCGGCGGUAGAGGCGAACAACGAUUUCUUUACGGCUUUCGAACUGCGCGUACGCGGAUGUACGUGUACUGUAUACGCAUACGGUACAAAACGUCCGGUAAAUACACUUGUAAUUAUCGCGGCCGUGGGAACUCGGCACGUUGCGUUUUCCACUCCUCUUAUGUUUUUUUUUUUUUUUUUUAUUUUUUUUUAUUGUCCGUAUUAUUCAUACCGUCGUCGUCGUCGUCGUCUUCGUCGUCUCGUUAGGCGGGCCGCCUAAAAAAAAUCUAAAAAAAUAAAAUAAUAAUUGGACGGGUAAACAAUUAACGCCGCGAAACGUCCGCCGGCAAAUAUACGCACGGCGGCGCCCGCCGGGUGGUUAAUUAUUGUAACCGGGUCGGACGUUUAAAGGCCGCGCGGUAUACACAAUACCCGUAAAGGUCCCUUGCGAAUUCGGAUAACGCGCGGCGCUCGAAUUGACGAACAAAAUUAAUGACGGUCACGGGUUAUUCGACCGUCGUCAUUCCGCGGCAGGCGCGCGUCACCGAAACCGCGGACCCGUCUGCAAAUCGCCUAAAUCGUCCAACGUAAAAGCCACCGCGUUUUUGUAACGAACGAAACAGAAAUGCGACCGGAGAAUUGGAUAACGCGACGGGUUUCUCGUCCGCCAUGGCGUACGAACAAAACCGCGUCCAAGUUCUUCUCACAAAGUUCAGCGUACCGCCGAAUCUGCGUCACAAUUAUAUUAAAUCGUGGUACGCCGUUGUUACCGCCAAUACUGAAAUCCGGUCACUAUUAUACCCCGGAUUCCGGAAUCCGGCGAAAAAUUUACGAGAAAACGAAAGCCACUCCGCGCGUGGUUCUUCCGAAUUCUAGCCCCGGGUAACGUCGAUUCCCACACGUCUAAAGCCCCCGCAGUCAGUCUGCAAAACAUAUCCUAACGAUUCGACUCGAACAGUUGACGGCAAUCGACGACGGGCAAUGCCGAUCUUCCUGACGUGGUCGUGACCGCCCGGAUUCUUUUCGAUUCCUUCGACCCUUAAACUAUUCAUCACUCUAAUGCGUCACGAUGUUAUCGAAUUGUUCAUUUUUUUUGUUUGUUAAUGACACGAACGUUUUUCUUUCUAUGUUUAACAGGACCCCGUUCGCGGAGGAUGAAACGGAAGGACAAGUGCCCGGAAGAGAAACGACCCAGGACAGCGUUCAGUGGCGAACAGUUGUCCCGGUUGAAGAAGGAGUUCAACGAGAAUCGGUACCUGACGGAACGGAGGCGCCAGGAACUGGCCAACGAGCUGGGCCUGAACGAGGCCCAAAUAAAGAUAUGGUUCCAGAACAAACGGGCCAAGAUCAAGAAGUCUAGCGGCUCGAAGAACCCGUUGGCGCUGCAGCUGAUGGCCCAGGGGCUGUACAACCACACCACCGUGGCCAUGUCCGACGACGAGAUGGACGACCAAAUGACCGUCACCUCGUCGUAAUACAACAAUAACGAUAACGAUGAUAAUAAUAAUAAUAAUACGCACCCCCUCCCCCUCCCGGAUCAUCGUCCCUAUUGAGGUUACUAUAUUAUUAUCUAGAUAUAUUAUCAAAAAAUAAAAAAUACUACAGGGCGAUAAAAAAAAAAACUUUGAAUAAAAUAAAAAAACAAUAAUCGUGUUCCCCUCCGCGUCCCCGUUCGACGCAUAAAACGCAAUUACGAGCCGCGCAGCUCUCAUAUCCGAACGUUAUUUUCCACUCUAAUUUCCGACCCUGUCUCGGUCGUUUCCGGCGCUCCGGUCGAAAUUCCCCCGUAAUAAUUUCCCGCUCGUCACGCGUUCCUCGUCGUUCCAUUUCUUAUUUAUGAGUAUUACGAUAUUAUUGCGAUAAACCGUUGUGUAUAUUUAACGGGGGGCGGGGGGAGGGAGAGGAGAAACGUUUACAAAUAAUCUCGCUCGAAGUGUUUUUUUUUUACCUUGAAUUACCGAUUUAAUUUUCCGCAGUCUCGAAUCCGUUAAUCAUAUAGUUUCUGAACACUCGCGGAGCCCGCGACCCACCCGCCCGUUUUUUCGCGAAUCGCGUGAUACAACCGUAUCCCUUUCGAACCGCCACUGCGUGUAUCGCGACGAUAAUAUUAUCGACGGUGUUUCGUUAAAAGGGCGCCUAUCGAAUUUCACGUUUUUUUUUUUCGAGGAGCAAAACAAAUCAGCAACGCAUUUUUUUUUUUUUUUACAAGUGGUACACGCUCUUUUAACAAAACGCCUACCGUUUUACGUGACUGUACGGCCUGUAUAAUUCUAAUAUUACAAUAAGCGAGUACAUGUUUUCUAAAAUCGCUGUUGAUAUCGUAUACGAUAAUUCGCGUCGCAAUAUCGGAACGUUUUAAACGUUGCAUAAUGUGUGUGUGUGUGUGUGUGUGUGUGUGUUGUGACUCGGGGGGGGGGAAACGUUUUGGGACUCUACGAAGAUUUCGUACGUCCUGCGCGGUUUUAAACACGAAAAAUAAUAAUUUCGCUUUUACGCAAUUCAACUAACGAUUCCGCGAUACCAAAACGCAAUUUGUAUUGUCGCGUUUACGGCGGUCCAAUGCGAUUUUCCCCGUUACCUUUUCGUAUAACAAUCGCACAGCAUAACACAGUGAUUCGCGUCGUCGUAUCGCUUGUAUUUUUUUACGGUAUCUAUAAAAAAAAAAAAAAAGAAAAAGACGCAUCGUCUCUAAAAUAAAAAAAAAAAACAACGCCAACGAAAAAAAAUAUAAUAAAAUCGAGAACGCGGUAAACGCGUCAUAAUAUUUAUAUUUGAUCGUAAUGUAUUUGUAUUAUUAUUAUUAUUAUUAUUAUUGUUGUUGUUGUUGUUGUUGUUGUUAUUGUUGUUAUUGGCGGACGCUCGCGUGCCGACGCGCGACAAAACGAAUACCGACUGUUAUUACCGUUCGAACGCCAGUUUGUCGCGCGAAGCAAUCGAUAAUAUAGAAUAUUAACCGUAGACUGAACUGUUUAGAAUUUUUUUUUUUUUUUUUUUCAUCAAGUAUAUAAGUAUAAUAAUAUCCGUAACAUGUCGUCUGCGUGUCUUAUACCUACGAUUGAAUAUUUUCAUUAAUAUUAUUAUUAUUAUUAUUAUUAUUAUUAUCAUUUCAAUAUUUAUCGUCAUUAUUGUAAUAAUAUUAUCUAGUCAUUAAUUAUUUAUUUAUACGAUAUUAUAAUACAUACAUAUAUUAUUUAUACUACGUAUGAUAACGAUACGUAUUAUUAUUAUUAUUAUUAUUAUUAAGCUUACGCGCCCGCGCGCGUGUGCGUGUGAAAAUACGCGGGCAAUACGUAUCGCCUACGUAUACGCAGAUAUACACACGCGCGCGCACACGCACACACACACACACACACACACAUCAAUAUUACUAUGACGGUGUUUGUCGACAACGGUUAUUAUGUACCGCGUAUGUAUACGCGAUUUUUUUUUUUUUUUUUCGUAAUAAUAUUUCGUUGUUACGGCGAUUUUUUCUCCCCGUCACGUCUACAAUCAAACAACAAUAAUAUUAUUAUUAUUAUUAUUAUUAUUAUUAUUAUUAUUAUUAUACUGUACGGCGUCGCGUUAUUUGCAUUGACAUUGUUAUUGUAUCGGAAGAGUAAUAAUCGAACAGUCGGUCUCGCGCGCGUAGACAUUUCGAACGUUAUAAUUAUUUACGUGUUUACUACGUCAUCGUUAUCAUUGUAUUAUCGCGCGUGGUGUGUGUGUUGUUUGCGUACGCCACGUCUUGUAAUUAUUAUUAUUAUUAUUAUUAUUAUUAUUAUUAUUACAUAAAAAUUAUAGUGUUAUCGUGUUGUGUUUAUUUCGUAUACGGUAUUACUAUAAUAUUAAUAUGGUAUUUCUGCUGUACAAACAGAAAAAAAAUAACGAUAACGGUCAUCAUAUAUUUAUGUGUAUAUGAUAUAAAACGAACAAGAAAAAAAAAAAAAAUUUAAUAUCGUAAUAUAUAGAGG